AUGGGAACACGACCGAGCGGCGAAAGCCAAACCGAGGGAGGAUGCGUACUCGGGGGCUUUCGAGGUGUGUCUCGAGAAAAAGCCGAGAGCGAUUUAUUUUUCUACGCCAGAUACUUCUCAUUCCUCGCUCGACCUGCGUCCCACUGUCUCCGUUCUACCCACCUAACUGCCUACAUCUGUCUCCUCGACUCGCACGUGACGGUUUUUCCACAGAUGCUCGCCGAGAUAAAACGUCGCUUCUCCACCAUCUCCCGGUCUCAAGAGAUGGAGCGCAUGUCUUUGCUUUGGCCCAGCUGUCAGCUGCCCGCUCCUUCUGCAUGUAUCCAGAUGUUGCUGGUGAUGUGCAAUCCAUUACAGGUACUCGGUGUGGAUGGAGUCAACUUCAGCGUGCAUGUGGAGAACCAGACGCAGGUGCGAGACACCAUGAGUCGACGACACCAUCGGGUUUACCAGCUCUACAGUCGCACCAGCGGCAAACACGUCCAAGUGAUGGGACGCCGAAUCAGUGCCCGUGGAGAAGAUGGGGACAAAUAUGCCCAGCUCGUAGUGGAGGCAGACACCUUUGGUAGUCAGGUGAGAAUCCGGGGCAAAGAAACCAACUACUACCUGUGCAUGAACCACAGGGGAAAGCUGGUAGGAAAGAAGGCCAGCAACAGAAGCGCCGACUGCGUCUUUGUGGAAAAGGUCCUGGAAAACCACUACACCGCUCUAAUGUCGGCACGCUACGCGGGGUGGUAUGUGGGCUUCACGAAACGAGGGCGCCCUCGCCGCGGACCCCACACUCUCCCCAAUCAGCAGGAUGUACACUUCAUGAAGCGUUUCCCGCCAGGGGAGCAACCCGACCUCACCACGCCGUUCCGCUUUACCACCAUCGGCAAGAGAGGCAAGAGAGUGCGUACUACUGGACCGCGCUAG